AUGCCUCUGCAGCUAUACGCCCUAGAUGUGUCGAAGGAUGAGAGAUAUGUGGUGAUUGGAGGCACAGACGGUGUUUGCAUGCUCUGGGACAGCCAGAACAGGACGCAGAUGCUGCCAUUGCGUGGCCAUGUGGCCGAUGUCACGAAUGUCUGCUUCUUUCCUAGCUCAGAGGUAGUGCUCACAGGAUCACUGGACUUUACAAUCAGAAUUUGGAGUGUCCAUGGACGCUGCGCCGCAGUAUUAAAGGGACAUCGAGGAGGAGUUGAGGAUGUCUCGAUCGUUGGAAGAGGGAGGAAUGUACUCUCAUGCGGAACUGACGGACUCAUUCAGCUAUGGAAUUGUGGGACGCAAGACGUCGUUGCUAAGUGGGCUAACGAUGAUCAGAGUCCUGUGCAUUGUUUGUCAGUUAUGGACGAUACUGCGCAGCUUUUGGCGGUAGGCAAGUACGCGCCGUGCACCAGCGAGAACGAGGUUGAGACGGACGGGAAGGUGCUUUUUGCUGGACUCGACAACGGAGAGACGCUGGGUGUGGACGUCCGUGCUCGUGAAGCAGUACUCAACGUUGACGGACGUGCUGGCUCCAUCAUCUCGUGCGCUGCUACUACUGCAACUUCUUCUUUGCCGAUGCUGUUCACUGGUAGUGAGGACGGUCUUCUGACAGCAUGGGAUUUACGUCAUACAGGUGAACCCUUGCACGCUUUGUCUCGGAGUUCAUCGCCAAUACAUAGCAUCGCAGUCUCAGCCUCGUCAGUAAAUGACCCAGCUUCUGCUAGUGUUUGGACCGCUCAUGGCGAUGGUGUGUGCUGCAAUUGGAGCAACCUUGGCGACAAGCCCCGCGUUUGUACUGAGUUAACCGGUCCGCAGUAUGAUGCAGUGCGCGGUAUUGCACUCACAGGCCAAACUGGUCGUGUUUUUAGCGUGUGUCGCGAUGGGCGUUUGCGUGAGUAUGUUCCGCAUGCGCCACGCAUGAGUUAG